AUGGCAAUUGCUUUACUUUUUCUUUUAUGUUGUCUUGAGAUUGCUGGUGCACAGAACAUAUCUGUGAAUCCAUCAACGGUAGAAGUUUUGGAAGGUGGUGACGUUACUUUGACGUGCGAAGUUACAAAUUAUAAGGAAUCAUACAUUUUACACUGGAACAGAAUCGAUGGAAAUGUUACAGGGGAUCGGGCGAUGGAAAUAUUUACCACUGAUGGUAAGGUAAGGCUUGAAAUUAACUCUGCUCAGAUAGAAGAUGCAGGUACUUAUUUCUGCACCAUGUAUGACAAGGAACUGAAAACGGUUCAACUUUCACUCGCUUCAAAAGUCACCGUAUUAUUCCACGUUCUCGAUAUGUAUCCUCUGUGUGCAUUUUCCCAAUACCUUGGGCAACUUCAAGUUGGUACGCCGGUUGUUCUGAGAUGCCAAUAUCCAUCAAGGGAUCUAAAGAAUGUUACUUCCCUAGUUUGGGAGAAAGGCAACCAAGAGAAGGUGAAAGGUAAACAGUGGCAGUAUUUGGAUGAACAAAAGAAAAUGGUGUUCUCGUUUCUGAACUUCACAGCCACUGAAGACCUUCAUGAUGAAACAUUUACAUGUACGUAUCAUAACCAGUCCAUACGACACCAACACCAGGUCUGCCAUAUAGGGCCUAUAGGUGUUCAUUAUGCACCUAAAGUCAAGGUUUACCCGGGAGAAGUCAGCAUUGAUGCCGGUGAUGUACAAAUACAGUUUAACUGUAGCGGACCAGCUCAACCUAAUCUUGUCUCAUACGUAUGGCACAUUAUUCCACAAACCGAAGGAAUAAAAACACGUGAAAUAAACAAUGGCAAAUCUCUUAUACUCACCGAUAUCUCACAGGAACUUUCUGGCCACGAUUUUGAAAUUAAAUGUGCCGCAAUCAACAAAGUAGGAGUGACCAAUGUGCAAGCAGUUUUGCAUAUAAAACCGGAACACACCGACAAUGAAUCCUCAUUUACUAGCUCAAUAAUCUUUCCAGUUGCAAUCGCAGUUGCUGCAGUCUGUUUUAUCUUUCUGAUCAUCUUCACUAGCUGUUUUCUUUUAUCAAGACGAGAGAAAAAAAACGUGCAAGAGCAUUUCCCUAACAAUACUCUGGAGUUUAACAAUCCUGGCAGUGCGUACGCGACUCCUGUCCAAAGGGCGGAAGCAAAUCCAUAUGCGACAGUAGAUGCUGCAGGAUUGGUAGUCAAUCUUCCGGAUCCAGAGCAAGACGGCGCUUAUGCCAAAGCCGAGGAGUUUGAGAAAGAUAUUGUUGAACUUAUUAAAGAAUGA